GCUAUACGGCGCCUACAGGCGGGACAAAGCACUUGUUCCGUUCAGAGGCAUUUAGUUGUCCAUGAGGAAACUGUUGGCUCUGUCUCUGCCUGGGACAGGAGCUCAAGGCGGUGCCACGACUUUUAAAGUUAUCCCCAGAAAAAAAAGGAUUAAUUUUAAACUUAACAGGUCUCUUUUUAGGGUCACAUUUUCUUCAGCCGUUCUGAAGCUCUCAGUGGAAGGAAAGGUUUGAGGGGAAGCGAGGGUCAGACAGCGCGCAACUUUUCAUUCCCCUUCAUCGACCCUCAGUUAGGACACCUUUGAGCAAUGUUUGACAAGCAGCACUACGACAGUCCCCCUCUUUACAGUCCUCCUUUCAUCCCACCAUCCAACAAUGGCUUUGGCCCUCCAGGAAGCUUCCAUGGCCCUCAGAGUGAUAACAACAUCUACCCACCUCCACCUGGAUCUUACUACAUUGAGGACAAACCACAGCACUUCUACAAAUGGCUGUCACCUCCAGGGAUCAUCAAGGUUAUGCUAGCUGUGGUGAUAGUGCUCUGUCUGACAAUAUUUGCCUGUGUGGCCUCCACCUUCAUGUGGGAAUACCAAUAUGGAUACGGCACGGGACUGGGUUACUAUGGCUCUGGGAUGGGCUACGGCAGCGGUUACAACUAUGGUUCAGGAUAUGGUGGUUAUGGAGGCUAUGGCAACUAUGGCAGCUAUUAUGGCUCCUACAUUUCACCUUACUCGGCCAAAACUGCCAUGAUUGCCAUGGCAGCCAUCGACUUCAUAGGAGCACUGGCAUUCUUCAUCGCCACCUUCUCUAAAUCCAACACGGUCCGCAGCAGGAAGUUCUUUCUGGCCCUCCUGGUAACCAGUGUCAUCUUGGCUGUCCUCCAGGGCAUUAUAAACAUUGUCUACGUUGUUGGGGUGAACCCCAUGGCCCAGAGCUCGUCCAGUAUGAUGUACAAUCCAAUGCUUAUGAUGUGCCAGAACCUCUACCAGACCGGCUACUCUCAGAUGGGAGGAGUGGGAGGCUUCGGCAUGUACAACCAGUACCUCUACCAUUAUUGCUAUGUGGACCCACAGGAGGGAAUUGCCAUGCUGUGUGGGUUCCUGGUUGUCAUCGCCUUGGGUAUUGCAGCUUUCUUUGCACAGAGAACUAGAGGGAAGAUCUGGCGCUACGGGAAACCAAACAUCUACUGGGAGGAGCCUCUGGUUGGAGGGAAGGCCUCAGAGGGCAGAGAUGUAGAGGAUUGGGUGAACAAUGUGGAGGAAAGCCAUAGUGUUCAGGACGCCCCUACCCUGCUGGUGUCGGAGAAGGGAGGUGGGGUGCUCAACGUCUCAGCGAACAGUGUCAUCUCCUAUCCCCCAGCCAAGGUGGACAUCGGCUCCUAUAAUGGGGACACCUUCGACAACAAAGAGUACUCUGAGAGGACCACCAGUCAACCAUCAGAGGCCUUCUACCAAGGUGGAGGGACCAGCUCCAGCCCUUCAGACGAGACAGGCGGGUACCGCAAACCCUCUGCCAACAGGGGCAAGAGACGCAGGAGAAACCCAGAACUGGACGAGUCUCAGUAUGAUACAGAGUACACCACAGGAGGAGAGACGGGCAAUGAGCUCGACAUGGACGAGUGGGAGAGCAUAUAUCCAGAGAUAACGUCUGAUGCUCAGCGUCAUGAUUAUAAGAGAGAGUUUGAUUUUGACCUCAGGGAAUACAAGCAUCUGUGUGCUGAGAUGGACGACAUUAAUGAUCGGUUGAACAAACUCAGCCAGCAGCUGGACACGCUGGAUGACACCUCUGCCAAAUACCAGGCUGCGGCAGAGGAAUAUAAUCAACUGAAGGACCUGAAGCAGACAUCAGACUACCGGUCUAAGAAGAACAAAUGUCGCAGGCUGAGACACAAACUGUUCCACAUCAAACGCAUGGUGAAGGAUUAUGACAAGAACAACUGAAUCCACCGAGUUCCUGACUCUCUGCUCUGCAGUCUACACAGCAAACACUCACUGACACAGGCCAAAACACACUCCAGAAUACUGCAAAGACUCUGACACGCUGAGACCAAAGCUGAUUGCAGGGCACCAACACACACACACACAGGAAACAUACUGCAUUAAAGAUCUAGUUUUCUUUUAUUCUCUCUGAAUUUUCUGGAAGCAGGUCCCUCACUUGUAGACAUUUCCAUAGCAAACACUGCCGUUUUCUCAAAGGUCCAGCUUGUUGUUUGCAGUGUGCAACCACUUGCUGGUCUUGAAGAAAAGUUGUUUAAAGGUCACCUGACGUUCAGUCACCUGUGAUUAGACUGCGUUUGGUUUCUGUGGCUCCUUUUGCUGCCAGCUUUUCUUUAUCUCCACAGAUAAGAGCUGGAACAGUAUUGUAGAGAAUAUAGUAAUGGGUGUCAUGGGUUUCUAGGAUUGUCUGCGAGCAGUUUCAUUUAACCUUUGACAUGACGUUAAGUUUGUUGUAAAUUAACUGUAGUUGUUUGUUUCUCUUGUGUCCAUGUUUGUAAGUGACUUCAGUGUGAGUGAACUAAGCUGUUCUCUGCUGGGACCAUGUGUAUUUUUCCCAUAUACUGGCUUUUUGUCUAAACUAAGGUCUUGAUAUGGAUUGUAAUAAAUGCAAUGAGACCAAAAGGGGACAAAUUGGCCAGUAACAUACGUAUGUGUGGCAUUGGCAUAUUAUAUGUACUUUUAAUGAAUCAUGUGCAUGCUAUGAUUAGCGGAGCUCAUCUUUUCAUUUGAUUCUUUACCAGUGAAAAUGAUACGUGGUCAUUUUUGUAUUAAUCCACAUCCAAAGUUCUCCGAUCUACUGUUCAUUAUAAAACUGUUUAGACAAACUUUUAAUUUGUAUUUUUUAUAAAGAACAUCAUUGUCAUUUGCGAAAUAUUGAUUUUUGGAAGUUUUUUUUUGGUGCUGUUAUGAA